UGUGUUACAGAGAGUUGAGGAGAAUGGCUCGGACCAAGCAGACAGCGCGCAAAUCCACCGGAGGGAAAGCUCCCCGCAAGCAGCUGGCGACCAAAGCGGCCCGCAAGAGCGCUCCGGCCACGGGCGGAGUGAAGAAGCCUCAUCGCUACAGGCCCGGCACGGUGGCUCUGCGGGAGAUCCGCCGCUACCAGAAAUCCACCGAGCUGCUGAUCCGCAAACUGCCCUUCCAGCGCCUGGUGCGAGAGAUCGCUCAGGACUUCAAGACCGACCUGCGCUUCCAGAGCUCGGCGGUGAUGGCCCUGCAGGAGGCCAGCGAGGCUUACCUGGUGGGACUGUUUGAGGACACCAACCUGUGCGCCAUCCACGCCAAGCGGGUCACCAUCAUGCCCAAAGACAUCCAGCUGGCCCGCCGGAUCCGCGGGGAGCGCGCCUAAACGGAGCAUAGUCGGCCCUGCACAUUCACCCCGAGAGAGAGCGAAACACAACGGCUCUUUUCAGAGCCACUAAACCAUCCAGAGAGAGCGGGAAGCGGUCGCAGACGUUGGAACAUGGCUUUGGAUAAUAUUGGGGUGGGGGGAGGCGCGUGACGUCAGUAAUACAUUUCAUGGGAGUUGGUUGAAGACAGUUCGCAGGAGCAGCAGUGACUAGAAUAUACGCUGCUGUGAAUGUUAUGUAAUUUUCAUAAUAGUAGUGCAGUAUUAAUUCCGGAUUACAUCCCCUUUGUCCUCACUGUCUCCCUUGGUGUUCCCACCAGUUACAGCUGGUAUGAUUAUUGCUGAGGAAGCGGGCGGGAAAACAUGGCGCCAAAUCAUCAACCGUUUUCUUUCAAAUUUGAAAAUCCUGCCGAAAUGUAGAUCAGAGAAGGGAGCUUUACGCAAAACAAUGCAUUCGUAUUUAGUCAUUAAUUUACAAUUUUUCUUUCGGGUCUAGAAGCUAUUUGAAAGAUUCGAGAUUGUCUUCGGAGAGAACCAACACUCUCAUUCAGCCCUGUGAGGAUUUCAUGACCGUUCUUCGGCGUGAGCGCAUUAAUAACGAACGCCGCCUUUAGGUAUUAUUUUAAUACCGUGCUCCCUUAUCGCAAAAGCUCCACAUUAACAAUUCCACUCCGGCGACUGUUCUGGUUUGAUCUCGGUUCGUUUCGAAAGCUUCUAACCGACAGCAGAAAGCCCCAUUUACACUAUUCUGCAACAGAACCCGCGCGGAGUUCUGGAAAUUAAAAAAAAAAUGAAUUUGUAACGUAUCUACCCGUGGGUCUGUAAGAAAGGGAGCACUUGUUUUGUUUCCCAGUGGUGACACUCAGGGCUCACACCCCAACCGGGCUUGUUGCUCCCGGAAUAAUCAAACUUGAGAGUGACUUGAGCAAAUAGCAGCAAUCAGAAAGAAAAUAGAUUCACUGGUGUUCAAUAUGCUCCCGAGAGGCAGGGAGAAGAGAGGGCACAUUCUCUACUCUUGACGCCAGCGCCAAAUCAACAACACCUUUCCUUCCGAUUUGAAAAGGCCACCAAUUCACAAAUAACGGAGUAUGUUUUACAAAGAAAAAUGAUGUAUAAAAAAGGAGAAUGUUGUUCAGAGGGGAAUUCAUCAAUAGUUGUUAAUUAGGUUAUAAAUAUAUACUUCAGACAAUCUCUCUCGCUCAUUCAUUUGCCUAACUGCAUCUAUCUCUUUCUACUUCUUUUCUGGACCUAUAGAACUGGCAGAAACAAAAACAAGCGCUAAGAACUGCAAUCUGCAAUUAAUCUCUUCAUUUCACAUUUCGAAAGCAGUCCGAUAUGUUGAUUAAAUAUUACAGAACGUUCUUAUCGUCUUUAGACAAUAUUUUAAUGUCGCCCAGCCUAGUUCUGACAUCAGCAAAAGCCACAUUUGCCAUCCUAGUCCUGCAGCACCUCUGAUUUGAUCUCCGUUCAUUUUGAUAAUCUCUCACCGACAGCAGAAAACCUAAUUUCCUGUAAUCUGAAAUCGGAGAAAACAGCGCCAGAGACCCAGGUUCGAGUCUACGAGGCAUGGACCACCAAUCGUAAGAUGUAUCUGCUCCUAGUACUCAAAGACACGUUUCUUUUUGGUUUACCUGGGGAGAUAUUCACCGUUCAUAUCCCACCGUGAAUGGUGGCUCCGGAACUGACAUUUGAAGUGCUCAUUCAAAUACGUUUUAAAGGUUAAGGUUUCUGGCCUCCACCAUCUUCGCAUGCAGUGUCUUCGGAAAUUUCCACCACUUGUUGAGUGAAAAGAUUUUCUGAAAUUCCCUCAAUAUCUUUACAUCUAACCCUUCAGUAUAGCGAGAAUCCUUACCCUCACCAUAUCAUUACCUAAGCACCACUUGUGAUUGCUCGCUCAAACAAGGGAAACAGCUUCUCUCUAUUCACCCUGUCCCACACGCCUCAUAAAUCGCUUAUACUUCAAUCAUGUGUUCCCACCGCAGUCAUCUCUGCUCUAGAGAAAACAUUCCUUUUUUUGGAAGUAAUAUUUGUGCUUUAAUCCCAAUCGCUAACAUUGCGCUGGAUUUAUCACCGCUGCUGUCAGUCAGUUUAAUGUGAAUAAAAUAUUCCUGCAUCCUUUGGCGCAUGCGCGAUACUGCCCUUCCUCCAAAGCAGAAAUGUUCUUGAGUAGAGGAGCGCAUGCGUGAGUCCCUCCCCCAGCGCUGCCAUUGAGGAGCAUUUACUCAGUGAGUGCAAGAGGUUUGUUUGAAACAGACCGCAAUGGAGAGAUCAG